AUGUCUAGUAACAGAACUUUUUUCGUCGGUGGUAACUUUAAAUUAAACGGUUCCAAAAAAUUAAUUACUGAAAUUGUUGAAAGAUUGAACAAUGCCGAUCUUCCAUCCGAUGUCGAAGUUGUUAUUGCUCCACCAGCCCCAUACUUAGCUUUGGCUGUCUCCUUGAACAAGAGCAAGCAAGUUUCCGUUGCUGGUCAAAACACUUACGUUAAGGCUUCUGGUGCCUACACUGGUGAAAACUCCGUUGAAUUUUUGAAGGAUGUUGGUGCUAAGUGGGUUAUCUUGGGUCACUCUGAAAGAAGAAGUUACUUCCAUGAAGACAGUGAAUUGAUUGCUGAAAAGACCAAGUUUGCCAUUGACAGCGGUGUCAAGGUCAUCUUGUGUGUUGGUGAAUUAUUAGAAGAAAGAAAAGCUGGUAUCACUUUAAGUGUUGUUGAAAAACAAUUGGACCCAGUCUUUGCCAAGGUUCCAAAGGAAAAAUGGGCUAGUGACAUUGUUGUUGCUUACGAACCAGUCUGGGCUAUUGGUACCGGUUUGGCUGCUACUCCAGAUGAUGCUGAAGAAACUCAAUUGGCCAUCAGAAAGUACAUUGCUACCAAGAUUGGUGAAGCUGAAGCUCAAAAGGUUAGAAUCUUGUACGGUGGUAGUGCCAACGGUAAGAACGCUACCUCUUUCAAGGACAAGAAGGAUGUUGACGGUUUCUUAGUUGGUGGUGCCUCCUUGAAGCCAGAAUUUAUUGACAUUAUCAAGUCUAGACAAUAG